AUGGCUGCGAUGAUUCAGACAUAUCCUCAGCAAACUUCAACAGCCACCAUGCUGCAGUCGCGUCCUGCCUCUGCCGCUGCGAUGCUACCUGUCAAUCAAAACCGUCAGGGCAACCAGUAUGGUCACACAUCCCGAGCCUCCUCGUAUGGCAGUGUUCCUACCGGUUACCGAGGCGGCUCCGGUCCCGGCCAACCCCGAAGCUUCAAUCAGCUGAAUCAUAAUCUGCAAUGGCAGCAGUAUGCUGCGUACCGCGCCAACUCAUCAUCUGCAGUUCCUACGACAAGCACAUACGAUCCGACAGGCCAGUACCGAGGUCCUGCGAACAAUGGAUCGGCUUACAACUUCAAUUUCACGACACCAAACGUCACCCGCGACGAUUCCGCUAUAUCACGAAGCUUCACUGGUCAACAGCCGGUCUGCUACAAUCCCGCGGCCAACGGCAAAACUGCCCCGGACAGGUAUCGCAGAGCAACCCCCCAGCCUCUUCAGCACAACCGCUCCCAGAGUACCAACCUACCUGUCUCCAGUGGCAUGUAUCAGCUUCAAGACGGGUCAUUGUCAGUACCCAACUUGUCGAAUGGCAUGAACGCUGGUAGCCCGAAUUCGGUCGAGGAGCUGUACAACCGCGCCGCCCAGGACGAGGCCAUGAGAUCGCGCCGCCGCAGCAUCCAUUCAUUAGAUACUCAAGGAUCUCUUCCUCCAAUCAUACGACCAUCCUCCGCCGCUCGACCCUCAUCUGCAGGCCGACCAUCGUCAGCCGGACGACGUGCAGACCAAAACAUCAAUUCGGCCACGCUCGCACCCGCUGGUGUCAUGCACACGCGCAAGGGAAGUUCGGAUAGUGUCUCAUCCAACCGUAGCGCUAGCUCGCGCCCGUCAUCUGCUAACCGGACCACGCCUCCCCCCACUGGCAACCUCUCUUUCCCUGCAGACAAUGCCUCCAAGACUGAGCAGUCUAAGCAACUCAAUGUUCCUCCCCGCGUAGCCUCUGGCGACGGCGUUAAGCGCACACACAGCCCCUCGCCGUUAUCCAAGCCCGCAACCAUGCCUGCCGAGGCCGCCGAGCCUCGUCCUGCCACCACUUCUGGCUCACCCGGUCUCAAGCUGGACAGCCCGGCAGCGAAGCAUCUUGCGGCUAUCAACCAAAAAGGCACCAAGGCCAAGAGCAAGACGUCAAGACUUCGCCGUGCAUUUUCGUUUGGCAGCGCUGCCGAGCUUCGCAGGGUUGUCGAAGAGGAGCCCCUUGUCACCCCCGCAUCGCCAACAAAGCUUCAUAAGGAUCCCUCACCCGAGCAAGCCUACGAUGCCGAGCAGGCUCGCAUUGCAGAGGCCCAGGAGGCUAGCGGACUUGGAAACAGCAUAUACGGCUCCCGCUUCUUCGGAUCUACCGACAAUCUAUCCAUAUCUUCCACCGCCUCAUCGGCUUCCAUUAUGAUUCGCAAGAUGGGCCGUGGCAUGAAGAAGAGUACCCGAUCCCUAGUAGGCCUGUUUCGUCCCAAGUCCGUUAUUGGCGUACCGGCGGCUGAGGCAGCCAUUCCCGAGAUUAGCGAGGCAACCGUCUCCAUGAUCACGGUGGAAGCCGAGACGCAGCGUGUCAAUGUCACGGCGGACCCUGUGGCUACCAACGGCACCACUGGCUUCCCUCACCUCGAGCGAAACUCUAUUGACGCUGCCCACGUCCCGGAAAUGAUAUCCGAGCAGGUGGUCAACCCUGUUCAUGAGCAGUCCGGACCAAGACGCAGCAUUGUUGGUGGUGACAAGGAGCGUGCUGAAGUGUUGGCUGCCGUGCGUAAGGGCAUUCUCAAGCGACCCGGCUCUUCCAGCCCAUCGACGAGACCAAAUGAGUUAGCGUCCCCGGAACUCAUCCUCCCAAGUGUUCCUGCUAUCAGUGACUCGCCAAUUUCUAGCGCACCAAGCACACCCAAUGACGAGGGCCAGGGCCAUAGAAGGACUGGGUCUAUUGCUCUUGGCAAUGAGGAUUACUUCAUGAAUGCCCUUCGCAUGCGUGCUGAUAGCAAGAGUGCCCCGGGAACACCCUCUGGCAGCAAGAGAAACGCGACAUUUUCUCCGCGCAUCAUCUUUCACGACACCUGGCCUCCUCAGGAGUAUGACCGCCGAGGCGAGAUUGCUACGUGCAACCGUCUCACUCCUAUGCUGGCUCAGCAGAUUAAAGAAGAACUCAACAGCUUCAAAAUGGAGAUGGAAGUGCACGAAAACUCCAAGAUUUACACACAUUUCUUCUGA